CACACUGGCAUUCGAAGUGUCACACACAUUGGUAUUAAGAACUGUCAACAAAAAGUAUUAAAAAGAAGCUUUCAAACAAAAAUAUUUUAUCGGAUACCUGCAAAUCACAAUCAAAAUCAACGAAACUUCAAUUCUAACAGUUUAUUCAGAAAUAUUUGAAAUUGUCUUCGAUGAACGAUAAUGAGUAGUCAAAGUCAUACAAUGGCUGGUCCAUCACCGAAGACUAAGCCAGGAGAAGUCGAGUUGACAGCGAGAUUUUCCGAUCAAAUGGCUCAACUAUGCAUGUCUGACGAUUAUUCCGACGUAACAUUCAUCGUCGAGGAACAUAAAAUACCAGCACAUCGAGUAAUUUUAGCUGCACGUAGUGAAUAUUUUCGUGCUUUGCUCUAUGGUGGUCUAUCGGAGAGUACUCAACACGAUAUAAGACUUGAGAUACCUUUGGAAGCGUUCAAAUGCCUAUUAGGAUACAUAUACUCCGGUUUUCUGUCGUUGUCACAAAUGAAAGAAGAAAAUAUUUUGGACACUCUGGGACUGGCAAAUCAGUACGGAUUCAGUGAAUUGGAAUUGGCCAUAUCGGAAUAUUUACGACAAAUUUUAUCACUUGAAAAUGGUUGUGCAAUUCUGGAUGCAGCGAGACUAUAUAGCCUGGAUACAUUAAUAAAUGUUUGUCAUACGUUCAUGGAUCGAAAUGCUACAGCAAUGCUCGUGCAUGAAAGUUUUAAAAAUCUGUCUCAGGAAUCGCUUUGUGGACUUUUGAAACGGGACUCUUUUUUCGCUCCUGAGGUAAUAAUCUUUGGCGCAGUCAGUAACUGGUGCAAAGUCAAUCAAACAACGGAUAUUGAGGCAGUGGUGUCUGAGGUUCGACUACCGUUAAUGAAUCUUGAACAACUGUUAAAAGUCGUUCGGCCAAGUGGUAUCCUGAGUCCCGAACGAUUAUUGGACGCCAUUGAGGAGAAAACAACAUCGAAAACGUUACUAUAUCGCGGGGCAUUAUGGCCCGAAGAAAACGUAGCGGCGCACCGAUUCGGUUCAAAAAUGAUUGCCAAGGAUCCUAAUGAAUACAGACCGGAACUCUUGGACGACAAUCACAGCCCUUAUGACAUGGAGAAGGGUUACACACGACACACAAUCACCGAUAGAAAUGAUGACGGUAUUAUUGUUGAGCUGGGAACUAUUAGCAUCAUCAAUCACGUUAAAAUAUUGCUGUGGGACAAAGACAACCGUUCGUAUUCGUAUUUUAUUGAGGUGUCGGUUAACCAAAAGCAAUGGGUUCGUGUGGUGGACUAUCACGAAUAUUAUUGUCGCUCUUGGCAAUAUUUAUAUUUUCCUGCUAGAGCAGUACGUUACAUCAAAUUGGUUGGCACUCAUAACACCGAAAACAAGGUCUUUCAUGUCGUCUCCCUCAAUGCUAAAUACACCGAAACGGUACCGACUCUGAUCAAUGGAAUCAUUUCACCAGUCAAAAAUGUGGCCACCGUCGAAAUGAGCGCAUCUGUCAUAAAAGGCGUCAGCCGCACCAGAAAUAAUCUCCUCAACGGUGACACCAAAACGUACGACUGGGAUUCGGGCUAUACAUGCCAUCAGUUGGGCAGUGGUGAAAUUUUGAUUCAAUUGGGCCAACCAUAUCACAUUGGAUCGUUGCGUCUGUUGCUGUGGGACUGUGAUGAUCGGACCUAUUCGUUUUAUAUUCAAACAUCGACUAAUGCACAGAACUGGGAAAUGGCGGUGGACAAACAGAAGGAACAUUUACGUUCGUGGCAACAGUUCACAUUUGAACCGAGACCUGUGGUAUUUUUUAAAAUUGUCGGCACUUAUAAUACAGCGAAUGAGAUAUUUCAUUGUGUCCAUUUCGAGUGUCCUUCGCAAGAACUGACUCAGUGAAUGGAACGUUAUGCUAUUAAAUUAUUGAGCUAAUUCACUCACCAAUAUAUUUUGUUGUAAAUUAUUUUACCCUCGUUUUUACCUCAUUUUUAGCGCAGUUAAACUGUUUGUGUGAAUCUAAUUCAUUAUUUUUUUUGUGGAAAUAAAUGCCAAGUACAACCUAA